CGGAACCAGCACAAAUGAACUGACUUUACGUUUACGAGAUCUAUUUUUCUGUCGGCAAAUCUGAAUUGUUAGGAAAACUGUUUGGAAAAUUGUUUGGAAAGGCAAUCAAAUCACGCCUUCAGAGCAAGGUCACCGGAAGACGCGUUACCAAGGUCGCCACUGAAGAUGGUCGGCACCACCACAAUCUGCACCACCAAGGUGGCUGCGCCAAAGUUUCGUGCAAUUUGUUUAUGUCUGCUCAUCGCCAGCUGCUACGUGUCGCAGUCCCAAGCGGAUGAGCACAACCACAAGUACAAUGACCGAGAGGAGGUGGUCCUGUGGAUGAACACGGUGGGUCCGUAUCACAAUCGGCAGGAGACCUACGCCUACUUCUCCCUGCCCUUCUGCAGUGGCCAAAAGUCCUCGAUUUCGCAUUACCACGAGACCCUCAGUGAAGCCCUCCAAGGAGUGGAACUGGAGUUCAGUGGCUACGAGAUGGAGUUCAAGAACGAUGCCCCGCGAUCCGUCAUCUGCAUGAUCACCUUGCAGGAGGAGAGCGCCAAGGCAUUCACUUAUGCCGUGAAGAACGAGUACUGGUACCAGAUGUACAUCGACGGGCUGCCCAUUUGGGGAAAGGUCGGCGAGCGGGACGAACGGGAUGGAAAAUACUAUAUCUUUUCGCACAAGAAGUUCGACAUUGGCUACAAUGGCCAGCAAAUCGUCGACAUCACCCUUACCACCGAUGCUCGGGAGGAACUGAAGCCGGGCUCGCAAAUCAACUUCUCCUACGAGGUCAACUGGAAGCCCAGCAAGGUGGAGUUCAAGAAUCGAUUCGACAAGUACCUGGACCCCAACUUCUUCCAACACAGGAUCCAUUGGUUCAGCAUUUUCAACAGUUUCAUGAUGGUCAUUUUCCUGGUGGGUCUCGUAUCUAUGAUUCUGAUGCGAACUUUGCGCAAGGAUUAUGCGCGGUACAGCAAAGACGAGGAGGUGGACGACAUGGAGCGCGAUCUGGGCGAUGAGUACGGAUGGAAGCAGGUGCACGGCGACGUCUUCCGUUCGCCACCAAACACGCUGCUGUUUUCGGCUUUGGUUGGAGCUGGAUACCAACUAAUUUCGGUGGUGUUUUGUGUGAUUAUGUUCGCCAUAGUCGGUGAACUGUACACGGAACGUGGUUCCAUGCUGUCCACCGCCAUAUUUGUGUAUGCUGCGACCUCUCCAAUUAAUGGUUACUUUGGAGGAUCACUGUAUGCCCGAUUGGGAGGACGAAUGUGGAUUCGGCAGAUGCUGGUCUCCGCAUUUACAGUCCCAGUGGCUGUGUGUGGCACGGCUUUCCUGAUCAAUUUCAUUGCCAUCGGUUAUCACGCCUCGAGAGCCAUUCCCUUUGGCACUAUGGUGGCUGUCACCUGCAUCUGUCUCUUUGUGAUCCUGCCCUUGACUUUGGUGGGCACUGUGGUGGGCCGCAACCUGGACGGACAGCCGGACUUCCCGUGUCGAGUGAACGCUGUACCACGACCCAUUCCCGAAAAGAAGUGGUACAUGGAGCCGCUGAUUAUUGUCCUCCUGGGUGGCGUCUUGCCCUUCGGCUCCAUCUUUAUUGAGAUGUACUUUAUCUUCACUUCCUUCUGGGCGUACAAAAUCUACUAUGUCUAUGGCUUUAUGUUGCUGGUGUUCAGCAUCUUGACCGUGGUCACUGUGUGUGUUACUAUUGUGUGCACAUACUUCCUGCUGAAUGCGGAGGACUACCGAUGGCAGUGGACGAGUUUCAUGGCGGCGGGCUCCACGUCCAUUUACGUGUAUGCCUACUCCUUUUACUACUUCUUUUUUAAGACCAAAAUGUUUGGUCUGUUCCAAACGGCCUUCUACUUUGGCUACAUGGCCCUCUUCAGCGGCGCCUUGGGAAUUAUCUGCGGCACCGUCGGCUAUGUGGGCACGAAUCUCUUCGUGCGCAAAAUCUAUUCCAAUGUGAAAAUAGACUAAGAGCCCUGCGACUCGAACCGCCGCAACCCGCCCCCAGAUCUGUAUAUCAUCCUAAUCGAUUUACACUUGUAUUUAUUGAGUAGAGUUUUAGUUCUGUGUGUUUUCAUUUGCUCCAGUUGGCUCUUCUCUCCGUCUCUUUUUGCGUUUCUCACUUCUCAUGUUGGUGUGAAAAUGAAUGCCAGUCCAAUGUAUUCGCACCAAAGAUUAAAUAUUCAGUUUAACGAUGUACACGCAGGGCACAUAUAUAACUUAAAUAGUGCUUUUCGGAAUUGUAAGACUUUGAAAUGAACUUUGAAAUCUAAUUCUGACGAAAUGUAGAAAAAAUAACAUUAAGAUAUAAUUGAAAAUUGAAAGCUCAGUUUCUUGCAUUUACUUUCUAAUAGAUUUAAGAGGCAAUUAUUAAUCUUAUCUUUUUCAAUUGGAGUCUCCCCUAAUUCCAUAAAAUUAAUAAUUAAAAAAUAACCAAGAUUAACUUUUGUAUUGCUUUGUAUAUUUUCAUAUCUAAAUAUUGAUAGUCUUAUAUUUUCUACAAAGUCCGAAGAUUACAUUUUUGCCUUAUAUGUGCUCAGAGUUUGCGUAUGCCUGCGUACCGUAUACAUCAAGUAUUUUAUUUGAAUCGUUUGCCUAGAAAACUUAUCAAUCUAUGCAAUUGCAACAAAAUGUGACUUGAACUUGUUUGCGCCAAUUAAGUUUAUGUACGAUGCAAGAAAUGUGCUGAUUAGCAAUAGUCGAUAAUCUUAUAAUAAAUUCAAUAUAUAAAACCAA